GUUCCGUCGCAGAGCAAUUGCAACCAAUCGCAAAACAAAAUACAAUGCCAUUUCCAGACUACAUAGAGAAGAAACCGAAGAUAAUCUUCUUUACCGACUUCGAUGGCACGAUCAGUAACCAAGACUCUUGCGACUGGCUGAUUGAGCAUGAGGGCUAUGGAUACGCGAAGAUGCAAGAGGGCUUUCAAGCUGUAUAUGAUGGAAAAAGAACAUACGGUGAAGUCAGCUGCGAGCAAUUUGAGAGCAUAAAGACACCCUUCGACCAAUGCAUCGAGAAAAUCUUAACUCAUGUCGAGUUGGAUGAGCAUUUCAUAACCUUCUACGAAUGGUGCAUCUCGGCCUCGAUCCCACUCGUUAUCCUUUCAGGAGGCCUCACACCAAUAAUCCGAGCUCUUUUGGGUCGAGCAAUUGGCCACGAGCUCCGCGGCGUUGAAAUCAUUGCCAACUCAGUGGUAGUCAGAAACGGCUUCGAAUCGCUCAACGACCAAGGUGGUGCUUGGAGAGUCCAAUUCCACGAUGAAAACAUAUAUGGGCACGACAAGGCUUGUGCGAUUCAGCCCUACACCAAGCACAGAGAAGGAUUGCCGAAGCAUGAAAAAUCAAUCCUUCUGUAUGCAGGUGACGGUGUGAGUGAUCUGAGUGCGGCAAAGGAAACGGAUCUCUUGUUUGCUAAGCAGGGCGAGGAUAAGUAUCUCGUUAAGUACUGCAAGCAACAAAAGAUACCCUUUACCGAGUUCAAAAACUGGAAGGAGAUUCUGGAAAUCACCCAAGACUUAUAUCAUGAUAGCAAAUCAGUGAGACAAGUAAUUGAGCAGAACCGUGGUGUUUUAGAGGGCAACGACAGCCAUAUCUGAUACGAAGACAAGAGUAUCCAGGAAGGGUUAGUCAAAUAGAAAAUUAGUUCGAAGUUUGCAAGUUCACUAUUGCAUCGAAGGCUAUGAAUUCAG